CACUUCCGGUCUUGGGUGACUUCCGGCCGACUGAAAUCCGGACUUCACAGAGGGAGGGAGCGCUGUUGUCGCCCGGAGAAUCUUAACCCGGCCGCUCACGCGUGGCCAUGUGGAGGCUGCUGACGCGCACUCCCGCGCCGCUCCUGCGGGUGCACUUUUCAGAUCCUUGGGCAGCCCUGCCCACCAGCGCUGGUCUGAAGACCCUCCUCCCGGUGCCGAGUUUUGAAGAUGUCUCCAUCCCUGAAAGGUCCAAGCUUAAAUUUGUUGAAAGAGUCCCACUUGUGCCAAAAGUAAGGAGAGAACCUAAAAAUUUGAAGGACAUACGAGGACCUUCAGCUGAGGCCACUGAAUUCACAGAAGGCAAUUUUGCAAUUUUGGCACUGGGAGGUGGUUACCUCCAUUGGGGCCAUUUUGAAAUGAUGCGCCUGACAAUCAACCGCUCUAUGGAUCCCAAGAACAUGUUUGCCAAAUGGCGAGUACCAGCUCCUUUCAAGCCCAUCACGCGCAAAGGUGUCGGGCAGCGCAUGGGGGGCGGUAAAGGUGCCAUUGAUCACUAUGUGACACCUGUGAAGACUGGCUCCCUCAUAGUAGAGUUAGGUGGACGCUGUGAAUUUAAAGAGGUACAGGGUUUCCUGAACCUAGUUGCCCACAAGCUGCCCUUUCCAGCAAAGGCUGUGAGCCGUGAGACUCUCGAAAAGAUGCGCCAGAAUCAAAAAGAAAGAGAAAAUAACAACCAAAAUCCCUGGACCUUUGAGCGCAUAGCCACUGCCAACAUGCUUGGCAUUCGGAAAUUCCUGAGCCCAUAUGACUUGACGCAGAAAGGGCGUUACUGGGGCAAAUUCUACCUGCCUAAGCGUGUGUAAUAAAGGCACAGGAACCCAUGUGCACACACUCUUGAGACCGAAUCUGCAUCUUCACUGUCUAGGAUCUUCCGUGGUUCUUGGACCAUAGUUAAGCACAUGAGUAAGUGACUUCUGAAAAGUUGUGUCAUCUGAUUGUUCCUAAUUAAAGUCUGAGUGUAACCUCAA